AAAAUUGUUAAUCAUACAUGAUGUGAUUUAUAUACACAUGUUCAAUGUACAAUGUCUUAUAAUACUUCUUUAUUGUUUUGUUUUUCUUUUUUUUUUUUUUGUUUGAAAAAAAAAGACAAAAUUAUUUCUAGAUAUUGAAAACAGUGAAUGAUUUUUAAAAUAAAAACAAAAAAGAAAAAAAAUAAGGAAAGAGAAACAUUGAAAAUUAUUUUUAUUUCUAUUCAUCAUUAUGAAACUUUUAUUAAAUGAUUCUUUAACAUUAUUGAAUCUAUCAAUAAAUGAUAAUGAUAUAAAUUAUUCAAUAAAUAAUAAACAAUUGAAUAUUGAACAUACUACUACCACUACUACUACUACUACUACUACUAAUAAUAAUAAUAAUGAAGCAUAUUUAAAUCAUACAACUAAUAGUACUAUUUCAACUACUGAAUCUAUGACUUACGACACUUGGAUAGAUAAUACAACAACAAUAACAACAACAACAACAACAGCAACGACAACAACGAUAAUGACGAAUAUAACAGACAAUAUAACUAUAAUGAAUGAUACUAUAAAUAAUAAUACAAUAGAUAAUUAUAAUGACAAGUUAAAAACAAUCACUACAUAUCCUACUAAUAAUGUAAAUUCUAAGAAGAUCAAAGAAAUUGAUAUGAAUUCAUGGUUAUCAUUUACAUUAUCAACACCAUAUAUAUCACGUAUAGAAGAUAGUGAAUCAAAACAUAAUUAUAGAUCAUUUUCAGCACCAGUUGAUAUAACUUAUACAAAAAAUGGACAAGAUAUAUUGAAACAUCAAGAAUUAGUUUUAAAAUAUCCAACUGAAAGAACUAAACAUAAAGGAUUAUCCUAUGGUGGUGUCGUCAGUCUUUCUAUAUUGGGGGUCACUUUCGGUUUAUUAUUACUAAUUUGGUUUUGUAAACGUUGUUUGUUGAAAAAACGUCGAUUAAAAAAAGAUGGUAAAAAAAUGUCAUUAGCUGGUGGAAAAUUAGCAGCUGAUUUAAAAACAGCAGCUCAUUUAUCAGAAGCAUUAAAAAGUCAAGAUAGUGUUGCAUUGAAAUCCGACAUGGAAAUGAAUGAACAGGAACAAGCGGGUGACAAUGAAAAGGAGAAACAAUAUUCUGGAAAAUUACAAUUUUCAUUGGAUUAUGAUUUCCAAAAAGCUGAGUUAACAGUUGGUGUUAUUCAAGCGAAUGAUUUACCGGCUAUGGAUAUGUGUGGUACUUCUGAUCCUUAUGUAAAAGUUACUUUAUUGCCGGAUAAAAAGAAAAAAUAUGAAACAAAAGUACAUCGGAAAAUUUUAAAUCCUAUAUUUAAUGAAACAUUUGUUUUUAAGAUUCCAUAUGCUGAAAUCAGUUCAAAAACGAUUUCGUUUACUGUUUACGACUUUGAUCGAUUUUCCAAACAUGAUCAGAUCGGACAAAUCAAAGUACCAUUAAGUACUGUAGAUUUAUGUAAUGUAAUUGAAGAAUGGCGUGACUUAAGUCCUCCAGAAGGGGAAGGUGAAAAAGAAAAUCGUCUAGGUGAUAUAUGUUUCUCAUUGCGUUAUGUUCCAACAUCUGGUCGAUUAAAUGUUAAUAUAUUAGAAGCAAAAAAUUUGAAAAAAAUGGAUGUCGGUGGACUUUCAGAUCCAUAUGUAAAACUUUCAUUAAUGUUUAAUGGAAAACGUAUUAAAAAAAAGAAGACAACAAUUAAAAAAUACACAUUAAAUCCUUAUUAUAAUGAAUCAUUUGCAUUUGAUGUACCAUUUGAUCAAAUACAAAAAGUCAAUCUAAUUGUCACUGUUGUUGACUAUGAUCGUAUUGGAACAUCUGAACCAAUAGGUCGAGUUGUAUUAGGUUGUAAUGCAACAGGAGCAGCACUUCGUCAUUGGUCAGAUAUGUUAGCUAAUCCAAGACGUCCUAUAGCACAAUGGCAUACAUUACAAGAUAUGCCAGAAAAGAAUUAA